GUGCUUAGUUUUCCAAUAGACUUUAAGCACAAGGCUUUGGCAGCUUCCACGUUUGUCUUCCUUUCCUUUAUUCCAAUAUUCGUCAUAACUUACUAUGGAAAAAAAUGUACACGUACAGUGAUACCCUACCAAUAAUUAAAUAGACUACCGAAGUUGCAAUUCCUUUUUUAUAAAAUUAUAUAUAUAUAAAUGCAAAUGUGUAGCAGAGUUCUUAGAUCCUUUGUGUUUUUUCUUUUUUUUUUGAUUUUUCAAGGUAUUCGAUAACUAAUAGCCGUGAGAUUAAUCUUUCAUUUUUUCGAUCAGUACACUAAGCGAUAAAAAACUGAUGAUAGAGUUUGCUGUCCAUUCAUUUAUUUAUACAUUUUUGUAGUAUCGUAUUUUUUCCAUCUCUCUCUCUGUCCUCCAUCUUCUUCCAGCCUUCUUCACACACACACACAACAAAUAAAAGAUAAAAAACAACGAAUCAGAAAAGAGAAAAAAAUAUUUUCUUUUUGGGUCUGAUUAUUGUCCUAGUUUCUGAUCUAUUUCAACAUUGAAAUUGUAAGUUAGCAAUUUUUUCGAUCGGACAAAUCUGUUUAUUUUGGAUUCUCCUAUAGUUUCGCUAUUUUUGGAUAAUUUAGCGUUCUCAUUUCAUUUUCAUUCUUUUCCUUUUUCUAGCCCGAUCUACAAUUUGUUUUUUCUCAAUCUCCUUGUCCAAUUUAUCUUCGGCAUUUAUCGCCGACAGACAUUUCUUGAUUCUCCGGUUAGAAUUUUUUUUCUUUUUUUGGUUGAGUGUUUAUUUUUGGUACUGAUUCUUUCCUUAAAGCGGUGAAUACAUAGCUGGAAAGUUGUGCAGUGCGUGUAGUGUUUUUUUGCUAGUGUUAGUUCUGUCUCUCUCUUCACGCGUGGCGCUUGCUAUUGGACUUUUGUUAAUGCUCAACUUCACAACAAUAUAUUACAACUGUUUCUAACUGGCUUUUGGAUUUUUGGAAAUGGAUAUGUACUUGUGAAGUCAAUGCUUUGAUCUGAUUCCUCAGAAUUCAACGUCAGCAUAAACAAUAAUCAAUUUUCUUCAUAUUCAUUUUCUCAAAUCAUUACCAAAUAAAAAUAUGAUGCGUAUGAAGACCAAAACCACCGCUAUUCCAUCGAUGAUGAACGGCACUUCCGCCGACCGUGCUGCCGAGAACGAGUGGGAGGUUCGGCCCGGUGGAAUGUUGGUUCAGAAGCGUAACCCGGAUUCGGAAAACCGGCCUCCUCCACCACCUAUUCGGGUUCGGGUCAAGUAUGGUUCAAUUUACCAUGAAAUCAAUAUCAGUUCUCAAGCAACCUUUGGUGAAUUGAAGAAGAUGUUAACGGGGCCGACAGGGCUGCACCACCUAGAUCAGAAGUUGUUGUACAAGGACAAAGAGAGGGACAACAAUGCUUUCCUUGAUAUUUCUGGUGUAAAGGAUAAGUCGAAAAUUGUUCUAGUUGAAGACCCACUUAGCCAAGAAAAACGGUACUUAGAGAUGAGAAAGAAUGCUAAGAUGGAGAAAGCUGCUAAAACUAUAUCAGACAUCAGUUUUGAAGUCGAUAGGCUUGCUGGGCAGGUGUCUGCGUUCGAAUCAAUUAUUUCGAAAGGUGCAAAAGUUGUAGAGAAGGAUUUGGUUAAUGUGAUUGAGUUGUUGAUGAAUCAACUGCUUAAAUUGGAUGGAAUUGUAGCUGAAGGUGAUGUUAAAUUGCAGAGGAAAAUGCAGGUGAAAAGAGUGCAAAAAUAUGUUGAAACACUAGAUAUGUUGAAGGUGAAAAAUUCUGCGCCAUCAAGCAACGGGAGUCACAUUCCGAAACAGGAAUCCUCCCCGUCUCCUCAACAACAUCAGCACCAGCGCAGGUAUUCCAAUGAGCAAGCAUCAUCACCAGUUCAAAGCCAGAACGGCAGGCAUUCCUUCACCCAUUCGCCUACACAAGCUAAUUAUCAGCAGCCAUCCAGGCACUCUGCCUCGGGCUCUGUUGUCAUAACUACACAAUGGGAAACAUUUGAUCCCGCACCAGGGCCAUUGCUGGGUCAUUACUCAACCACGGCACCAAGCAAUAAUAAUCAUGCUGCUUCGACUCAACCACGAUUCAAUUGGGAUUUGCUCUGAGAGUAAGUCAUAGUAGAAAAAAAUAUCUUUGCUUACUAGUUUGAGGGACUGUGUGGGUGUGAAAUUUCUUCUUUCCACAAGUUGGUUUGGUUGGUACCUAUUCUCCAAAUUCUUUUUUUGUAUGUAGAGUCAUGUUAGAUUCCCCUGUUUCAUAUGAUCAUCCACUUGAGCAAUAAUUGGGAGUCAGUCACUGCAUAAGGUUCGAUCAUGCUAUCACCAAUUUCCACAUUGUAAUGUUUUGUCUUUGUUGAUAGGCCAUGAUAUAGUCAUUCAUAUGUAGAUUGAUACUUUGAAUAUGAGUAGCAAAACAAACAUUCAAUGAACAACACUUGCAUUUUGCUCAA